AUGGAUGACCAGAGAGGUCCUUCUCCCAAGACCAGCUACGAGGUCGCCCCGGCUGCCCCAGCCGCUCCAUUCUCAAGCUUCCGCGAAUUCUUCCGCACAUGUUACCGGGAGCCGGAAGUUGAUGCAAGCGGAAAUCUCAACCCCGCGCUGCUCUGGCUCGGUCAGUAUGGCUACUGGGCUCAGUCGCAUAGACUCGGUAUUUCCGACGCCUGGGGCUUCUUUACCCCAGGACACGCUCGUCUGCAAGUAGCCCAGGCCAGCAUGUUCUUCGUGUUCAUUAUCAUCCUCGGUCCAGCCAUCGCUGCAUUUAGUUUGCCGUGCAUUGUGCUAUCCAUCGCGAUGGGUUGCAACGACAGUAAAGGCAGCAACGAUGGCAACGACAGCAACGAUGGCAACGACAGCAACGAUGGCAACGACAGCAACGAUGGCAACGACAGCAACGAAAGUAGCGAUGGAAACAGCAGCGAUAACAGCGACAGCGGCAACAGGCGGCGCGCCGGUGACGUCCCGUUCACAGAUAGAUGA